AUGAGUGUGGACAUCGAUCACUCAGACAAUACGCUCAAAAUGAACCUGACGUUCGAACUUGCCACCCGCCCGCACAGCUACGCCCCGGAUGCGAAAAUUAGGAAGGAGCAAACGAAAGAGGAGACUCGGGCAUCGGUGCUGCUCCUCAAAGCCAAUCGAUGUUUCGAUGUUUGC